AUGGCAAGUGAAAAAAAUAUUUUUGGUCAAACAAAUGAAUCAAACUUACAUAAGGUCAUACGCAGAGUUGAAGAAAUAUGGAAUCGUCGUUUCAUGCAUUCCAAUUGUGUUUUAAAUAAUACAAAUAAAGGACAAAUAUCAAAAAAGUCAACUAAAGAUGGAAGAAUUAUCUCAAUUAUUAAUAAAAAUAUUUAUCCUAUAAAAAAUUCCAUUAUUCCAAAAAAACGCACGUAUCGAAAAACGAAUAAAAAUGAUAAAAUUAUUCCAGAAAAAUUGAAUAUGAUGCAGCAAAGAGAAUUCGGAACACUUUUUCAGAAUGAAAAAUCUGAAAAAUAUAAAAAUGAAAUUUUAAAUUCAACAGAAAAAAAAAAUAUAGCAAUUUCAAAAGACAAUCUGCUAUUAAUAUCAGCUGAUUUGUUAGAAAAGAGUUUUCAUAAGAAAAAUUUGGAACGCAAAAAAUCCGAAAUAAAAAAACAAUAUUUUGAGAUAUCUUCUAAUACUACUGCUCGACCAAAUUUAAAAAGAAAUUCAUCCGAAGAAGAUGAAAAAGUCAUAAAAAAGCCAAAAGUUAGUUCUAAUCCUUUGACCUUAAAUACGCCGAAUGACGUAAAUUUACUUGCUCUGUCCACUAUUGAAGUAAUAAAAGUACCAGAGAAAGAAAAAGAAGUAAUGCAAGAUCAGAACACAAAAUCUCUUGAUCAGUAUAAUGCACCUUCAUUUAAAUCGCCCACAUCAUGGUAUACUUCAGACACAAUUAAUGAGUACAUUAAAAUGAUAGUAAAACGGUCAGAAGGUGAAGUUUAUGCAGUUGUCACUGAUUUUAUUGUAGCGUAUCUUCGAGGAGGUUAUCCAGCUGUAAGAAGAUGGAUAAAAAAAGAUAUUCACACAAUAAAAUUACUUUUUGUGCCCAUGAAUGUAUAUGAGAGUCAUUGGAUAUUGACAGUGGUUAAUAUACCUGAAAAGACUGUGACAUCAUAUGAUAGUCUUAAGUCGUAUGAGGGUCCCUAUCCAAUGGUAUUAAAAAAUUUCUUAAUUGAAUGGGAGAUGGACAAAAAAGGAAAAGCUUCUACAUGGACAUUACAAAUAGGCGAGACAUCUCGCCAAACCAAUGGACAUGAUUGUGGGCCAUUUACUGUUGAGCUGGCAGAAAAAAUGUCUCGAGGAGAUACAACACCAAUAAAUGCAAAUUUUAUGCCUUUUAUAAGAUUAAGACACAAAAAUGAAAUUAUUGCUGGCGAGCUAUUCAAUUAAAAUUUUUAUGAAUGAA